GCCCACGGGCCUCGGACCAAUCAAAUGCAGGAUUGCUGAGGCUGUGGCCCAAUGGCCAGGGCUGUCUUUCAUCACGGCCCGCGGUUUGAAACUGUCAAGUGGCUGCUAGGGUAGCAGCUGAGCUUGCUGAGGAGGUUGCGGCGGCGACGCUGGGGUCGCCUCGAGUGAGGAGUCGGAGGUUGGCGGAGAAGGUGGGUGCCGGCGGCGGCGGCGGCCCGGCCGGGUCCUCCCAGUCAAGACUCCGGGCGUCAUCCCUGGAGAUGCCCAGUUGACUGGAUCCAUAGAUGUGGAAACCCAGGGAUACUGAGGGCAGACAGUACCGCAUGCCCACAGCUUUCCCCAGUACUUCCCAGGCUACUUCAUGCCUGUACACCUGGUACUGAGCUCAUCAUCUAUCCUCCAAGAGUCAUCUUCCUGCAUUCCCUGCUCUGUGUCUGUGCAGGAUGUCAUCUGAUGAGGAUAAAUAUUCAGUCCAUGUUGCUCACAAUAACUCUGAUCCUGAUAGUUCUGUCUCCACAGACCUUCAGGAAGAGUAUGAAGAACUGCUUCGCUACGCUAUUGUGAAUCCAAAUGUUGACCCCAGUGCUUCCCAGCCGUCUCAUCCGAAGGGAGAAGCGGCCCCAGGAAAUAACCCUGUAAAAGAAACUGCAAUGGAAGUUGGAAAAGGAUGUGAUAAUUCCAGCCAUUCAAAAUCAGGGACAUCCCCGGUCCUGUCACCCAGGAAGGUCUCUCAUCCAGUCAUGGAUUUUUUCAGUUCACAUGUUUUAGGUGACUCUUCCUCACCAGCCUCUGCUUCUACUCAUACAGAUGCCCAUGAAAUGAUUGUGGGCGACCGUCUUGUUUCUGAUGAAAAUCUUCAGAAGGUGGAGAAUGUACUUGACCUCUGGAGUUCAGGUCUGAAGACAAACAUUAUAUCUGAACUGAGUAAGUGGAGACUUAAUUUUAUUGACUGGCACCGUAUGGAGAUGAAAAAAGAGAAGGAGAGACACGCGGCACUGGUAAAGCAGCUGUCCAACCAGAUCGCUGACUUGAAGGAGCUGCAGAAAGCUUUUGAAAUUUCCAUCGGGAGAAAAGAUGAGGUGAUUUCCAGCUUGUCUCAUGCCAUCGGCAAGCAAAAGGAAAGGAUAGAGUUAAUGAAAACCUUCUUCCACUGGCGAAUUGGCCAUGUCAAAUCAAGACAGGAAGUCUAUGAAGGAAAACUGGCUGACCAGUACUUCCAGAGAACUUUGCUGAAGAAAGUCUGGAAGGGCUGGCGUUCCGUGGUGCAGAGGCAGUGGAAAGAAGUGGUGGAGCGCGCGUGCCAGGCAAGGGCUGAAGAGGUCUGUGUGCAGCUCUCCAAUGACUAUGAGGCCAAACUUGCUAUGUUAUCUGGAGCUUUGGAAAAUGCAAAAGCUGAGAUUCAAAGAAUGCAACAAGAAAAAGAGCACUUUGAAGACUCUAUGAAGAAAGCGUUCAUGAGGGGAGUGUGCGCAUUAAACCUUGAAGCCAUGACCAUAUUUCAGAACAAAAAUGAUGCAGGGAUAGACUUCACGAGUAAUAAAAAGGAAGAGAGUGGCCCUGGUGGUCCGGGAAGAGAACUUUCUGCUCAUUUGGACACUUCUUCAUCUACAAUACCGUCAGCAAUACCGUCGGCAGUUCCAUCACAGCUGCUGCCAUCUGCAGCAGCAGCAGCAGGAGGAGGGGCCAGCGCCUCGGUCAUUCCCUCCGCCGCCUCCAUGACCUCUGCUGGAGCUACAUCUGCCUCUUCUAUUCACAUUCCUGUCUCUGUUCUUGGUGCAGGACCGGCAGCUGCUGCUGCCCCAGAAGAAAUGUACAUGCCAAGAGUUGUGACUUCAGCACAGCAGAAGGCUGGGAAGACAAUUACAGCUCGGAUCACGGGACGGUGUGAUUUUGCUUCCAAAACUAGAAUCAACAGCAGUUUGGCUAUCAUGGGAGUUUCCCCUCCCAUGAGCUCGGUUGUCGUGGAGAAGCAUCAUCCAGUCACAGUGCAAACCAUUCCUCAGGCAGCUGCUGCCAAGUACCCACGGACCAUCCAUUCUGAAGGCGGCAUCCCAGCUUCUAGGUCUCUCGGAGCCAGGCCAACACACACCCAGUCUCUCUCCAGUGUUCAGUCCAUAAAAGUGGUUGACUGAGUGACUGUGUUCACACUCAGGCUUUUCAGUCCUCUGAUAAGGACUUGACUGGGAGCAAGAAGAUUUUGUUUUUGACUUUUCUGUACUGUUAGAACAUCAUGGACACAUCAUGUUCAUCUUUUCAGAAUUCUAAGAGACUUUCCCAUCCUUUGUAACUGUAUGUAGAGAUUAUUUUAAUGUUGUUAUUUUUAUUUAAACAAUUAAGUAGAACUUUUUAAUUAAAAAAAAAAAAAAAACUUGGUUCAAAACAUGUCCAGCCUACCACUGAUUGAAUUGUUGAAGGGUAUAAAUCUUUUUCUGUACAUUAUUUCAAAAGGAAAUCAUUUCUAUUGUUACUGAGCCAUAAUUUACACAAAACUUUGAAAGAGACCUUUACUGCCAUUACUAAAACAUAUAGAAGCUAUUUUAGUUUUUAGAUAAAGACCAAGAGUAACAGUGGUAUUUCUAAACACAGCCUCCUCUGCCUUCGCUGUAGUGGUCUUCCUCUCUAGGACUGCAGUUAAACACUAAGGGAAACAGGCAACAUCUGUGAAUAAGGCUUUUGAUUAGCACCCAGACAGAGAGAAGCUCCCUGCUGGGAUGACUCUGCUUUCUUUGUUCUUUCUCACCUUAUUGGGGCCUGCAGCAUUGAGCCUGCCUGUUCUUUCUACACAUCCACGCAUGUGCUGCAGAGAGGCACCCUGCAAUACAACAGAGCUUUUAGCCUGGGUGUAAGCUUUCCAAUGGUGUGAAUAAGCCAUCUGGGUCAGGCGUGAUGGAUGGCACAUGCCUCUAAUCCCACCAGUGGGGAGACAGAGGUAAGUGAAGC